AUGAGCUAUGAGCUCUAUCCGUUGCCCACCGUGUUCAGUGCUUUGUACAUCAACGGCGCCGUCCUAGGGCUGAACUCUUGUUCCGCUGUUCCAGCACUGUCAUCUCCUGCUCCCCCGAACGUUCCGCUGUCAUUACAGCCCACUCCGACUCAACUGCUCACGGUUCAUCAACCUGGCAUCGAUAGAUUCCCCUUUGCCAAGAUGCGAGACAAUCUCAUCAAUUUGUGUGCCAUGAUCGACGACGAAGACUUCACCCGAGACCUGUUUACAAUGCCCAGUUCUAACAUUACGCCUGGACUUGCAUCGUGGGAUCCUCAAGCCUGGAAAAUCGAGAAAUAUUUUGCGGACAAAUGGGGCUUCCUAUUUUAUUGA